AUGGACAAAUCACUCUAUUUGCACACAAAUGCUUUCAAUUGGCUGUUACUGAGCGGAGUAUUCAUGGGAGCAAAAGUUCCUGAACGUUUUGCACCAGGUCUCUUCGACAUAUUCGGCUACGGGCAUCAGGUAUCGAGAAUCGAUUGAUG